GGAUUUCUCUCGUGUGACAAAUUAUAUUUUGGUAUCAAAUGAUGCUUACUAGUGGAGAAUAUGUUGGUGUUUUAUCUCUUAAAUCCACGGGUCUAAUCGAACCCUAAACCAGAUAGGCCUAUGCCUUGGAAGCGUCAUUAAACAGUAACUGCUCAUUUUGUUCUAAAGCGAUACGUCUGUUGUUUUUAAAUACUUCUGCGGUCCUUGUCAGUGAGCUAUUGUCCUCUUUGGGUCACGCCAAAUACUGAACAUCCUAGCUUAAGCCAGGGUGCAGCUUACAAGAGGCCUAUCGGUUGAAACAUCGAUAGUGAUAAAAAUCUGCUGGCCUGCCACAGAGCUGGGCUCCAUUUGGCACUGCGUGCCUUUUCACUCGUGUCAAAAUAGAGCUAGGAAGAAUCAAUAUGGCGCACGGAGUGAGUCCGAAGCGGUCGUGCGUUUAUCACUCACUUUGUUUCCUCGUUUUCUGUGUAAUCUCUCCGGUCUUACUGAUGGCCUAAACUCCCACGGCUGGGAUAAAAGAACGUCACAACGACGCACUUAUUCAUGUAUUAUUACAGUGUUACAGACCAUUGGCUAUUAUUGUGUAUUAUUAUGGUGAUUAGAAACUUCACCUGGACGUGCCUGUCCUUGUAUGAACGGUCCUGUGUGUUUGCGUGCGUGCUCAUGCGCGUGCCUGUGCGCGUGAGAGGAGGGUUAGUGUCACGGCCCUCUGCAGACGGGGGGUUGGGUAGCUGUGCCGAUUGGUUGCUGCUCACCAACACAGUCAGUCUGGGCUUGUUUUAACAUAACCGGGGGCACCUCGAUAGAAACCAAAAUAAUGAAGUAAAUAAGCUGCUAGACUGUCAGAAGAUCGGUUAUGACACACUGAAUUUUGUCGCUGUUUGAUAUGCCAGCAAAAUGGAUUUUCUACUGCUUAUUUGCUAUUUAAGGUGACAGUUUUUCAGAGGGCCGCAGAGAAUGAGAGCUGUGCCUUGGCCUACUAGAGCUGCUGCUGCAACUGGGAUUGUACAUAUCGGCUUUCACAAAUCGAGAAAAACACUCGCUUUGUGCUAUAGUAUUAGAAAGCCGCGCUGAGUUCAUAGUGGCCGGCGUAAGAAUGGACAGAAACAUGACAACAUGAAUCAGUCUUACAGACCGGCUUUUAGGGCAGGCUCGGUCUUUGGCCCUGGCCAGCCCGAGUUGAGGCCCCACAAUGGGCUAAUGAGCACUUCCUAUGGAAACCAGUACAACAUUGUGAAGCGUGGGUCUGACCAACAGACAGGACAACUGCCCUCUUCAAGCCUCAAGCAUCCAUCUGUACUGGGCUACAAUCAGUUCAGCAGUUCCCACUGCUACAGUCCUCUGAGGCUGCCAGAUCUGAACCCUGUGGUCACCAGGACAGACCUGCAACACAAAAACAAACUGCACUGUGCCAGCCCCAUCAGUGACGGCGAUGAGUUUGAGGCACCCUCUGUACAGCUGCCUCCAUCUCCAGACAUCCAGGACCUCGAAUCCUUUGAGAGCCUACAGGAUGUACAGAGAAAUGUUUUUUCAGACAGUCCCCACAGCUUGGAGCGUUGCUCUCCCAUCUCCAGUGGAUUCCUACAUUUUGAGUCUACACUCUUUGACAGCAGUGACUUUAAGGAAGAUGAGUUGGGAGAACACAGCAGUAAUGAGGACUUCAUACCUUUCAGGUUUUCUCCAAAGUUGUCUGAGGAGCGUCCUGUUAGUGACUCAAGGAACGCAUGCAACUCUGGUGCUGAUAAACGAACAUUCAAACCUAUUUUUAACCUCAUGUCCAAAACUAUAUCUGAACUGAACCCCACAUUAAGCCCCAGUGCAUUGCCUGAAAUCAUCAUCAGAGAUGAAUGGAGUGUGGGGAAAGAGUCUGCCACAGGAGAAGAAAGCUCUCCGCCACUGGAUAGCCAGGCGUCUUUAUCAAGAACAAAUUCAAAUCCCAACAGCCUCCAAAAAGAGUUAUUUCCUUCAAGCAAGUUAUUGGAGGGAGAUGUCGUGUGGGCAAAGUUCAAUAAAAGGCCCUGGUGGCCCAGCCAAAUAAUCUGUCAUCCCAUCCAGAGAGUCCACACCAAGAUGAAGGUUCCCAGUCCUCGUCCUUGUAGAAUGUACUAUCUACAGACAAUUGGAGAAGUUGUAGAAUGUGCGUGGAUCCCGGAGACUGUUGUUAUUCCUUUUGAAAGUGGUCAUCAGUUGAAGACAAUGGUUGUCAAAAGAAGAGGAAAGCAAAAAGAGAAAGACUACAAGUAUAAGAUACCCAAAAUCUAUCAAAGUGCUUGGGAAACCAGUGUGUCUAAAGCUGAGGAACUGUUUCAUGGUGGAAAACAACACAUUGAAAGUGUCCGACCAACAUCUCCAAAUGGUGAAACCUCCUCUCCCAGUCCUGAACUACAAUCAGUUGAGCAGCGCUUAUCCCAUGACCAUACACUCUCACCUGGCCUUGCUGAAUAUAGAGAAAAUAAAAGGCAUCACAAUAAGUAUCCUUUACAAAAUGGAAUAAAAACCAAUGUUGUUAAAAGGAAAAAGAAAUGCCUGUCAGAUAUUUUUGGGCAUAUUGUUGGUGGGUUGAAGGACCAGCAAUUUUUAACAGCUUGUGCACUGAAAGAUGAGGACUCCCCAUACGCUGACCUGGAUUCUGUCCCAAUUCUGCACCGUCCAAAACGUACAGCGCUGUCCCAAGAGCACGAGGAAGAACUCUCUUUGGUUAAUCAGAAUGCCCCAGCAAAAAAUACAGAGAAAAACUCCAAAAAUUCUAUUGACUCCUCAAAUAUUUCAAGUUCUUUGCUAAUGGCACACGCUGAACAGACACCUGGCAGUUUGGAUGUAACCUCUACAUCAAAACAUCUGCGCAGUUUUCCAGCUAGUAGCCGUUUAAUGACAAAGGCAUUGAAGGCAGAAGGAGACACAGAUCUUGGUUCACUGACAACCAAAUUCACCUCAGCAGAAGUCCACACUGAACAUCACGCAAAUGAAUCAACUACUGAUGCUUCAAUCACCAGUGAAACUUCUCCUGUUAACAUAUCCUAUUCCAAUACUACUAACCCCGUAAAAAGGAGGGCAAGAAAGCCAGACAAGAAAAAUGUUCACAAUGGUUUAUGCAAAGAAUCAAAGACUUACGAUUGCACUAAUGAAUCGAUUGCCAAUGUCGAAGUUAAGGCCGAAAACAUUUCCUCAGAUAUAUCCGCAUCUCCACCACAGUCACCAAUGGAGGCAUUUCAAAAUGUCAAGGAGCUUAAGUUUAAAUCCAUUACAAAGGAAGAAGAAAAGGAUUCAGAUGAGAGCGCGUUUCGACCAGAACCCAAUUACCAGUUCAGUACUUUCCUAAUGCUUCUUAAAGACAUGCAUGACACCAGGGAAAAGGAGGGGAAGCCACUAUAUCUCCCAACAUCUCCAGUUCUCAUCAAAGAAGAACCCAUGACAAUACCCACAACUCCAGUGAAAAGUCCCUGCGAAAUUUCCACACAAAAUGCAUUUACUACUGGAAUCAAAACAGAAAAUGACCAGUCUUCAUCAAAUAAGAAUAACUGUAUUGUGAAAACUGAUGCAGGUAUGAGUGAAGAUGUUCCCAUUCAUUCAGAAGUUACAGAAAAACAGCGCAGAAAACAAAGGCUGCCUGCUAAGCUGAAAGUCAGCAUACCUCGUCUGUCCUCGCAUCUUACAAACUUGGCGUAUGGGAUACGGUUGAACAAGAGUCCAUCACAAUUUAGAGAAGAGACAUCAGGUAUUCAGUGCAAAACAUCAGUGCCAGAAGAGGAAAGGUCAAAGGGCAAUAGUCACGAAGAGGUCACAGGACAGCCUAAAGUAAAUGGGUCAUGUACCGAUUUGGAUGUAGAAAAUAGUGCCCUGAUAGACACAAAAUGCUUGGACACAAGACUAUCUGGACCAUCAAACAAGCACCAGAGAAAACCCACGAAAAGGCUAAUGGUAUCUCCUGAAGAGUGCAAACAAAUGAAUGAAUCAAAAAAGAAAUCAAGAAGGAAAUUAUUAGAGAACUCAAAAAUCUCCAUGCCUUCUGCUCCUGUGCGAGAUAAAAACAACUUCAGGAAGAACCUCCCUACACAAAAAAGUGUGGGCUCUCAGUUAAAACACAACCCUCUGUUGAUACAAAGAUGGCAGCUGAAAACGAUCUACCUCCUGAAUCUGAAACAAGCAGGGUCUGCACUGCUACAGAGAAAGAGGCCGAGGAAAGUUUCACACCAGGUGCUUGAAUGUACCAUAGAAGAAGUGUCUCUUGCUUCAGCAAAAAGACUGGUUAGGACUGUGAAAAGGGAAGCGUCUUUGCCUAAAACACCCCAAAAAUCAAAGACUGAGGAGAAGAGCACUGUACAGGACCGUCCCUCCAGCCCCAGAUCAAAACCUCUGAAACUGAAGUCAGAGACAGAGACAGCCAGCACUGAAGAAAGAAUAACUAUUACCUCUGAUUCAAACCCCAAAGAUGAGGUGUUGAACGACAGUCCGUCCUCUCAGGUAGAUGGAAAAGGAAAAGUAGGAGGUGCAGCUUUAAAAGAAAAUGUGUGUCAGAUUUGUGAGAAGCCUGGAGACCUGCUGUAUUGUGAUGCCCACUGUUACGGAGGCUUUCAUCUCCAAUGUAUUGGGCUGUCAGCUGCACCCAAAGAUACAUUUGUUUGUGGGGAAUGCAAAACUGGAGCCCACACUUGCUUUGCAUGUAAAAAGUCCGGUGAUGGGGUAAAAAGGUGCAUGAUACCGCUGUGUGGGAAGUUCUACCACUCGGACUGUAUAAUGGCCUUCUCCGCAACACAGCCCAAUAACAAAGGCAUCCGCUGCCCUCUUCAUGUCUGUCUGUCCUGCCACAUCACCAACCCCCUCAACCUCUGCAACUCUAAAGGUCGAUUACUAAAAUGCGUUCGUUGCCCUGUGGCCUAUCACGCCAAUGACAACUGUAUGGCUGCUGGCAGCUUAAUGUUGGCAAACAACAGCUUCCUCUGUCCAAACCAUUUCACUCCUCGAAAAGGCUACAAGAACCAUGAACACAUCAACGUGAGCUGGUGUUUUGUCUGCUCUGAAGGAGGCAGUCUUCUGUGCUGUGAAUCCUGUCCUGCUGCUUUUCACCAAGAGUGUUUGAAUAUUGAAAUGCCCCAAGGCAGCUGGUUCUGCAAUGACUGUAAAGCAGGAAAAAGACCCAGAAUAAAAGACAUACUGUGGGUGAAAUGGGGACGCUACAGAUGGUGGCCCGCUGAAGUCACAAAAGACGUUCCAAACAACAUAGUAAGAAUGAAGCAUGAUGUUGGAGAGUUCCCAGUGCAGUUCUUUGGCUCAAGAGACUAUGUGUGGACAUAUCAGGCACGGGUUUUCCCUUACAUGGAGGGGGACACUCAUAACAUUGAGAAAAUGGCCAAGGGGGCUGAUGCUGUUUACAAAUCUGCCCUUACAGAAGCAGCCGAAAGAUUCAGAGAACUUCAAACUGAAAAAGAAAUGAAACAGCUACAGGAGGACAGAAAGAAUGACAAGAAACCACCACCGUAUAAGCUAAUAAAGGUUAACAAGCCAAUUGGUAAAGUCCAAAUCAUCACAGCAGAUCUGUCAGAAAUACCGCGCUGUAAUUGCAAAGCUUCAGAUGAGAAUCCGUGCGGGCCAGACUCGGAGUGUAUCAACCGGAUGCUGUUGUAUGAAUGCCACCCUCAGGUCUGUGCUGCAGGAGAAAAGUGCCAAAAUCAGGCUUUCACUAAACGUGAAUACACACAAGUGGAAAUAUUCAGGACACUUUCUCGUGGCUGGGGUUUGCGUGCUGUGUCAGACAUUAAAAAGGGCGCUUUUGUGAGUGAAUACGUUGGAGAGAUGAUAGAUGAAGAAGAGUGCCGGGCGCGGAUCAGGCACGCCCAAGAGAAUGACAUCUGCAAUUUUUACAUGCUUACACUGGACAAGGAUCGAAUCAUUGAUGCAGGGCCUAAAGGAAAUGAGGCUCGUUUCAUGAACCACAGCUGUCAGCCAAACUGUGAGACUCAGAAAUGGACUGUGAAUGGGGACACAAGGGUCGGAUUGUUUGCACUUCAAGAUGUUCCAAAAGGUGUGGAAUUGACUUUUAACUACAACUUGGAAUGUCUUGGCAAUGGAAAAACUGUCUGUAAAUGUGGAGCACCAAACUGCAGUGGUUUCUUAGGCGUUCGACCGAAGAACCAGCCAUCAGCUGAGAAAGUCAAACUAAAAGAAGGGAAAAAGAGGGUGUACAUGAAGAAGAAGAAGAAGAAGCAGGAAGUGAAGAAAGAGAGAGAAGAUGACUGCUUCAGCUGUGGCGAUGGAGGGCAGCUCGUGUCCUGUAAGAAACCAGGCUGUCCCAAAGUCUACCAUGCAGACUGUCUCAACCUGGCCAAGAGACCUGCAGGGCGCUGGGAAUGUCCUUGGCAUCAGUGUGACAUCUGUGGCAAAGAAGCCUCCUCAUACUGUGAAAUGUGCCCCACCUCAUACUGUAAACAGCACUGUGAAGGGAUGCUCUUCAUCUCCAAACUGGACGGGAAGCUGUCCUGCAGUGAACACGACCCCUGUGGGCCCGAUCCACUCGAGCCAGGGGAAAUACGCGAGUACUCCCCAAACACAAACUCUCAGAAACCCAGGUCUAUAAAUGCACCCCACAAGUCCUCAGCUGUUCCAAACUUGAAAAAAGCAACAUGCUCUACCCCCAUCUUAUCUGUCCAAGCAAAGCACGAACCUCCACCGCGGCUUUACAUCAACACAAAAACAGCUACCUCCAGCUUUGUUCCCAGCAGUAGGACCUACCUCACAGACAGGACUGAGGGAUUUUCUAGCUCAUCCUCCUCGAGAGACAAAGAAGACGGAGAGGUGGAAGAUGGAGAGGUGUGUAGUAUUGAAGUUGGGGAGAUUGAGGAUGAUGAUGAUGAUGAUGAUGAAGAUGAUGAUGAUGAAGAUGAAGAUGACUCAGAGGAGGAGGAGAUGGAGAUUGUAGUGGAAGAAGGGGAUGAGCCAGUAUUUGGAAGUGACUUGGAACAGAGUGAAGGAGCGUUCCACACUUGGGCUAUUGAGGAUGAGGAAGAUGAAAAGGAUGAAGAUAAUGAUCAUGAUGAUGAUGAUGAUGAUGAUGUUAAUGUUGAGGAGGAUGAAGAGAUGGAGGUCUGGGAGUCAAACGAAGAAGCUGAUAGUUGACAGGUGUAGAGAGUAAGGACUGGUGGAAAUGGCAAAUGUGUACUGUUACAAAUUGUGAAACAAUGCACUAUUCUUAAAAAACAAAAAAACUAAAUAAUAAAUAAUUAUUGGGGACAGCCCAGAGACAAGACAGAGAAUCAGAUAUAACACUAAAACUGAUAAGCAUACUGUUAAAUCUGGCAAUGUUUAAUGCAGCUGACUCUAUAAUUGUAAUUCUAAAGGUUUAGAGUCAACAGUUAGCCUAAUAGAUUUUCCAUAAAUUAUUCUCAAUUACAAAAAAAAAAAAAAAAUUAAAAACAUUCAAAUUACCUCAAAGAUUGACUGUAUUGGAGCAUGAGUAAUUUCUUGUUCCAUCUCUGACAGAGCAAUGUUGUAUAAUAAAAAGAACUUCAUAUUUGGGUGCUCCUCAUCUUGACUUCACAAUCUCACUGCCUUCUCAACCCAAUGCUGCAGGACUCACACUGGGGUUGUAUUCUGGUGCUAAUCGUCUCUUUGUACUUGUGUAAACGUGUUUAUUUGUGUUUUGUGCUGUUAUGUUUACUGCUCUUUCUCACAAUAUUGUUUACAUUUUUUAGCUUUUUAAAUUGAGUAUAAAAAGUUUAAAAGUUUGUUCAGAUCGAA